AUGGAGCGCCUACAUUCCGGUGUGUUAGCACCUGUACACCUUGGGGACGUAAGGUCAGCGACUGGGCGUCUUGCUGUCUCCUCGGGGAAUGCUCAGCUGCUUCCAGUCACCCACGGAGAUGGUAUUGAGAAUCAAUACCCUCUCCCAGGAGUGGACGCAUUGGGAGGGCAUAUACCCCAUUUUCCGAUCCCAACACUGAAGCUCGGCUCCAACGAUGGAUCGAAUGGUGCAUUUGCUCCAAAAAGAAAACGACACACGCUCAAGCCACAUCGAUCCAAGCAGCUGGGAAACCCGGACCGUCCAUAUCUUCAUCAUCCAAAGUACCUUGAAUACAGGUCUCGACCGAGGCAGGAGAUCGGGGAUGAUGGCAAAGCAAUUUGGCCCGAUAAUAUUGAGGCUGCCUUUCAGGAUGCCCUUGUGCACAUCAAGCCAAUGGGUCGCAAGAAGUGUUCGCAACGAGGAAAGCCUUACGGACGAAACAUGCUCAUAGCUGAGUGGAUAUACCGAGCGACUGGUCAGGAACGGAAACGUAAACAAGUCUCCAGUCACAUCCAGGUCCUCGAUAAACAUCUAAAAGGCAUUCCAGAAUGGGACAGGCUGCUCAAGCCUGGUGAUGACGAUGAUGACACUAGUCCAUCAGAAGGCCACAAGUUUUAUCACAAUUCUAUCGAGCACAUGGUCAACGAACAAAAGGCAAGAAGCAAACCUAGGCAGCUCAACGAUGGCGUGUGGGACGAUGAACUUGAGGGCCACGCAGAGUCAUUCGCCGCUGAAACCCUGGCAGGCGACUUGGCUCUCGUGCCGCGGGUUGAACGGCUGAAUUUCGAGAUGUGGGUGAGCUCACCUGUUGACCAUGAGACUGCCUUGCACUACUACACCGGACUGAAACCCACGAAACUCAUGCCUUUUCCCCUGGAAGAGCUUACUGGGUGGCGAUUGUCAUUUCCACACCUCAAGUCCCUGGUAGAUCACGGAAAGCGCCUCGACAACUGCGACCUCAUCCUCCUCAAUGCAAGUUUCAAAUUGAUGGACGAUUUCCCGCCCCGACACUCCAAGCUGGGCAUUUGCUUCGAACUCAAGUAUCCGGAUCCCCUUUGGCAAGAUUCGCAGCAGCAGGAUGCUAAGCCCAACAAGUGGUCCUGCGUCACCUACAUGUACCGUGAAGGCGUGCUCAUCACCGAGCCCACCCGCGAGGAGUGUCAAACUCAGGAUCAGUGGAGUAUUCGACCGUUCUUCCAGUCGAAAUGGUGGGCAUCGACCUUCACCUCCCUCACGGAGGCAAAAAAAGUCGCCGAAGAUUCCAAAAAUCCCGAAGCUAUCGAGCUCGCCAACGAGCAGUCCCGCACCUUUUUUCGCGGUCUCUCGAUCAUGCAAGAAAUAUACAUUGUCCGCUCCUCCUCCUCCUCCUCCAACGGCGACAGCGGCUUUGGCGAGAGGGACAUGAAACAACGCGAGUCUCGAAAGAGGACGGCAAUCCUGCUCUGGCAAUUCUCCGAAGCGCCCACGGACAGUGUCGGAGUCACGACGUGGCAGAAUCUCAUCCCCCCACCGGACCGUCUGGCGACUAACAGUCCAUUCCCGCACGGCGUGGAGAUGAGCCUGCCGCCGCUCUCGAUGGAUUCCAUCGUCGACUGCUCACCCGGCGACGUCAGCUCAUUCGAGAGCAAUAAUGCCAGUCAGCAGCAUUUCCAACCCGAGCAUGAGCACGGCCACGGCAUGUCUUACGACUUGUACGACCCGGAUGCGAUGGACGAAGAACUGUGUCAGGAUGGAUUCAUGGCGUUGAAGCAGCACGAGCAGCCACCACUCCCGGACUUUGGGCAUCAUCUGCAGUCCCCGUUCGACGUGGUGGGCUCGAAUCACGAGUUCACGGGUCUUGACCCGUCCAUCCACGAUACGUUCGCCCUCCCGCCGCACGCUAGCCUACCGCCGUGGUCACCACAGGUUGACGAGCAGGACGAGGCCCUGCGCAACGCCUUGCUGGCUGCAUCGGGCAUGGACCUCGACGCCACAGCGGCCCCACAACACCCCUCGCCCACGCCGCGGCCGCAGCACGAAUACAGUCCUUCCGGUGAACACCAGAGGCACACUGACACCGAGAUUAGUGCACUGUAG